ACCAAGAUUAUACGUCUGAUCAAAUGACGUUAGAGUAAACUUAAAUCGUUAAGAGUUUUAAAAUAAUUUUGAGUAUUGAAACAAUCAAGUAAUAAAUUUCAAUAUUAAUGUGGAAGUUUAGGCAUUGAAUAAGAUAAAUAUAAUAUUCUUGAUGUACAAGAAAUUGGUGAGUCAUCAACAAGUCAGCCAUGUUCCAAAAUCGUAAGUAUUCUUAUAUGAAUGAAUGCAUUAUAUACGAGUGAAGCAAGAUUUAUCAAGAGAAACUUUAAUAAUAAUCGAGUAAAAUAUCAAAAGAAAUACUAGUGGAAGUUAAAUAUCUGAUCUAUUCAUUUAAUAAACAAACUGAGUUUCAUAUAAGCAAUUUUGCGAUUGUACUUGUUUCAAUAAAUCAGUAUCAAUUGAUGUGUUCUAGUCAGUUUCCUAAUUUUUCCAAAAUAAGUUUUAAAAUAUUACGAAUAUUUAAAAAACAGUGUUGAUAGGUGGUUUAUUAUCAUUUCUGAAUGUCAAGAUACUUUGUUUGUUGUUAUUUAAUAGCGAAAUAUCUCUGAAAAUUUGUUAUGAAUUCUGAUUGUCCAUAUUUUAUCUCUAAAUUUUUGUAUAAUUUAAAUAUUGUUUUCCACAUAAUCACUUGGUCGUUUUAUGCUUUUUUUUCUAGAUCUUCAAUCGUUCUGAUGGAGUUGAAAUUGAUAUGAUGUCAAUACAAUGUUCUUUAAACAACUUCAAUGAUUAUGUGAACAAGGCUGUCGAUCUUGUCUUUAAAGAUAGCAACGAAUUGAUUGCACUUGAUCCUCGUAAGGGCUGCAUCGAUCAAGAUCCACGUGUAAAAGCAAUAAGACGUACAGUCAUGACUUCAAUUAAUUAAUACCUUCGUUUCCCUUUAUGUUCUCAACAAAAAUCUUUCAAAACAAUCUAAUAAUGUCUCUCGGCUUUGCUAUUAAGAAAAAUUCCAGAAAUUCUAUUUCGAGCUUGCUGCAUUACCCAGUUAAAAAAAUGACUUAAAAUUAGAUUAAAAUCGAUUAUUUUCAGAUUAAUAAUCUAUUAUAAUGGCACUAUUAUAAUCUGAUUAAAAUCGGAUUUUUCAGCAUCAAAAGAAAAAUUAUUCUGAUUUUAACCUUUUUUAUCUAUCUUAAUCGAUUAUCAAAAUUUAAUCUAUUAAAACUGAUUGCUAAAUUUUUUUAAUCGAUUAAAAUAGAUUAAAAAAGAUUAAAAUCAAAAUAAUUUUUGCUUUUGAUGCUGAAAAAUCUGAUUUUAAUCAGAUUAUAAUAGAUUAUAAUCUGAUUUUUAGGCGUUUUUUUACUUGGGUAACUAGUGGAUCUUUAGUAUGCAUUCGGACAGUUUAGAUUGAUCAUGUGUUAACAAUUUGCUUUUCAUAAGUUCUCGUUUUAUUUCAGUUUUUUCUUUAUUUUAUGCCAGAUACAUGACACAUUUCGUGGGGAUAGGUUCGGAAUAAAACAAUCAAAAUUGACGAUUAUCUGUUCUCAUCUUGAAGUUACAUUGAAGGAUUUUCAUGCAUGCUUUAUAGGAAAAAAAUUCUUCAAUAAAAUUAAAGUGUAAAUAGCUCUACUUAAUCUCUGAAAACUAGUGGAAAUAUAUAAAUAAUCUUAGGGAAUGAUAUAGUUAUAUUUUUAUCCUGAUUUUAAUGUUUCUACUUCAAAUAUUUUCGUAUCGGACUCUUUUUAUAUGGGGCUCAAGCUAAAUAUAAGCUUGAUCAUUCUGAAAUAGAAGCUAUUUGGCCUACUUUACAUGAAUGUUUGUUAUUAAAACGACGCAAUAUCAAGAAAAAAGUUUUGAAGGAGCCUCAUCUUCGUAUUCAAGAUAAUUCAUCGAACAUUGAUUUACAAGUACAACAACGUACAACAGUCGAUAUUGAUGCCAAUGGACAAGGACAAGCCUAA